AAAAAAAAAAAAAAAAUCCUGUUAUGUAUUUCAUAUAAUGGGAUACAAUACAGUAGUUUAAAUAAAUAUUACUCUUGCAAAGAAAAGGGGAAAGAAUAGAUUGAGUCUUGAAGCUAGGUGAUGGAUUCACGUUAAAAAAGAAUGACAUGUAUUAACGUGAGUAAAUGUAAAAAGCAUAAUAUUGAGCAAGAAAAAGUUUCAAAAGGAUUUGUAGAAUUUGAUGCCUUUUAUAUAACCUUUAAUUCUCUGUAAAAAGAGAAAAAAGCUAUUGACUCUGCUUUCCCCCCUCUUCCCCCUUCAUCCUUGCUCCCUCCCCCACUGUCCCCUUCCCCAAUUAAUCCUUCCGCUUCCCUCCUGGUCUCGGAGGACCCAAUCCUAGCCCGACCUGUCUCGGCUCGCAACUUCCCCGAAGCUGUUGGUGCCACUCCCAGCCCGUGUGGGCCCCCGCAGGCUGCCCACGCCUGUCCGCCAGCUCCCCGUUCCGCUGGGCUUUCCAAAACCUCGCCAGGGGUGACUUUCUGAGCCGCUUGCUCCAUACCCCUCUCUGCAGCCUCUCCUGCCACUUAGGGCUGCCGUUCCCCCUCCCGGCAACGGGGGACUGGCGGAGCUGUGCCACGGGGGCCCCCGGGGCCAGCGGGGCCGGCAGAGCAGGCAGUGCCAGGGUCAUCAGAAUGAUGCGGAUGCGGUGUCUGCUGGGUCUGCGCACGUUCGUGGCCUUCGCCGCCAAGCUCUGGAGCUUCUCCGCCCUUUUGCGGUGGCAGAUCUGCACGGUAAUUCAGCACCAAACUGUUCGAUAUGAUAUCAUCCCCUUAUCUUCUUGUCCUGGAAUCAGCUAGGUGAAGAGGAAGAUCAUGGUGCUGGAUCCGGAUGAGACACUUAUUCACUCCCACCAUGAUGGGGUCCUGAGGCUCACAGUCUGGCCUGGAACGCCUCCUGACUUCAUCCUCAAGGUGGUAAUAUACAAACAUCCUGUCCGUUUCUUUGUACAUUAGAGGCCCCAUGUGGAUUUCUUUUUGGAAGUCGUGAGCCAGUGGUGGGAGCUGGUGGUGUUUAUAGCAAGCAUGGAGAUCUAUGGCUCUGCUGUGGCAGAUAAACUGGACAAUAGCAGAAGCAUUCUUAAGAGGAGAUACUACGGACAGCACUGCACUUUGGAGUUGGGCAGCUACAUCAAGGACCUCUCUUUGGUCCACAGUGACCUCUCCAGCAUUGUGAUCCUGGAUAACUCUCCAGGGGUUUACAGGAGCCAUCCAGACAAGGCCAUCACCAUCAAAUCCUGGUUCAGUGACCCCAGUGACACAACCCUUCUCAACCUGCUCCCGAUGCUGGAUGCCCUCAGGUUCACCGCUGAUGUUCGUUCCGUGCUGAGCCGCAACCUUCACCAGUAUAGGUUCUGGUGACAGCUGCUCCCCCUUCACCUGAGUUGGGGUUGGGGGGAAAGGGAGGGCGAGCCCUUGGGAUGCCGUUUGAUGCCCUGUCCAAUGUGAGGACUGCCUGGGCAGGGUCUGCCCCUCCAACCCCUCUCUGCCCCGGAAGCCCUACACUCCACUUGGAGUCUGGAUGGACGCAUGGGCCUGGGGCCCUGAAGCAGCCUCACUCUAACUUCGUGUUCACACUCCAUGUGUGAAUGGAGUUCAGGCUGGGAGACAGGCAGAGGCCUAGGAGAACUAAAACAGUGUUUGUGGUGGAGCGGCAGGACCCGCCAGAGCCACAGAUACACGGUGAUCCAGGAGGCUCAAAGAGAAGCCAAGUCAGCUUUGUUGUGAUUUGAUUUUUUUUUUUCUAAA